GAAGCUCGAUCAUUUCCUGCUCCCCGUUUCGGUCCUGUGUUUCAGUAAAGCCCACCACAGGUCAGGACCACUGUUCCCAGUAAGCCCAGCAGAGAGACGGUGUGACGAAGGGAGUGCGAGGAGGACGGCAGGUUUCCGUUAAAGCACCGGGAGCACCGGGAGGAAGGGCGGGACUGAGAAUGGCGAAAACGUACGACUAUCUGUUCAAACUGCUGCUGAUCGGAGACAGCGGCGUCGGUAAAACCUGCCUGCUGUUCCGGUUCAGUGAAGACGCCUUUAACACCACCUUCAUCUCCACCAUCGGCAUCGACUUUAAGAUCAGGACGGUCGAGCUCGAUGGAAAGAAGAUCAAACUUCAGAUUUGGGACACGGCGGGUCAGGAGCGGUUCAGGACCAUCACAACGGCCUAUUACAGAGGAGCCAUGGGCAUCAUGCUGGUGUAUGACAUCACCAACGAGAAGUCCUUCGACAACAUCAGGAACUGGAUACGCAACAUCGAGGAGCAUGCGUCUUCAGACGUGGAGAGGAUGGUUCUGGGAAACAAAUGUGACAUGAACGACAAGAGACAAGUGUCCAAAGAGAGAGGAGAGAAGCUGGCCAUCGAUUACGGGAUCAAGUUUUUGGAAACCAGCGCAAAGUCCAGUAUCAACGUGGAGGAGGCCUUUUUCACACUCGGCAGAGACAUCAUGACGAGACUCAACAGAAAGAUGAACGACAACAACCCGUCAGGAGGAGGCGGGCCGGUUAAAAUCACAGAGUCUCGAUCUAAAAAGAGCUUCUUCAGGUGUACACUGUUGUAGGAGGAGCUCCCACUCUCGCCUCCUCCUCCUCCUCCUCCUCUUCCUCCUCUGGCUGCUGCAGAACUGAACCUCGCACUGCAGGAGGACGUCAGCCGAGAAUCAAACCUGUGGAAAUCAUGAAGACGUCUUCAUGUUGAAUCUGCUCCCUCAGGAGCGUCUCUGCUUUUUAAUCAGCUCAGAUCUCAAUGCUCACCUCCUGCACGCCUCCUCCUGUUUGUGUUUUUAAUUUGCAUCCUGAGAGGACGCCCCCUCCCCCCUCCCCCCUCCCUCGCUCUUCGAUAUGACGUCUUACUCUAAGAGGACGGCGGCUCUCAGUCGAAGCAUCCUCCCUCUUUGAGGACAUCUUAAUCCGAAGAGAACAUUUUUCUCUGAGUGGACGUCUGUGUUUGACUGUUUUUGUUCCGCUAAGUGUCGCAGCAGCUCUGCAGAGGUUUGUUAUCUGCAGGCUGGAGGAAGAAAGACUGGAGCCUGACGAGGACCUGAUCAGAUAAGUGAUAAUCAUUAACGAUGAAUCUUCAGAGAGGACUUUAGACGGUCACAAUCAUCACUAACACGUUUAUAUUUGUGUUAACAGAGACAAAGAUCGGGGUAUUCUACAUAUUGAAUCGAGUCUAUAAUAACCUCACACAUCAGGACGUUAAAUGAAUAAAUCAUGUGCAUCAAAACAGAAGAACAUGACACAUUUCAAACAAUCGACGGAUUAUUUAACAACUCAUUUCAUGUGACAUUAACGUGUGUCCUCUUUUACCGUUUACAACUUUAUUAUCAAAACUUUUAGUCAUUUAAGAUUUU